GAAAUCCUAAACCCUGAAAACCCUCUUAUUCGAAUCAGUUCCAGUAUUAACCAUGGAAUUCAUCAAUGAAUUGAAGUGAUUCUCUCACUUGAUAUUAGGGAAACCCUAAGAAGGAAGAAUGUUUGCUUCUGCAAGAAAUCUCCAAAAGCACUCUCUCAGAUCCCUCUCCUCUUUUCUCAACACCACGUCCAAGGAUGUAAUGCUUGCCAGACAUAUUGGUCCGGUGAAAUUUUUGCCUAGCACUAGCAAUGUGUCUCGGUCGAAUUUUGUAUUUCCGACAAAAGAUGGGAAUUUGUUACAUUCAGCAAAAUUGUCGAAUCAGUUUGACGGUGCUCGGGGAUUUUCCGCAAAGAGCAUGAGGAGCAAAGUGGAGAGGCGGAUGCGAAAGGAGUCGGGCAAAACCCUGAGAGAGAUUCGGAGGGCUAAGAAGUUGAGAAAGAAGUUGAUGACCGAUGAGGAACGCCUCAUUUACAAUCUAAGAAGAGUAAGUUGUUGAUAUCUUACUCUGUAA